UAGAGCUAGAGCCAUUUAAUCAAUUAUAAACCGUAAAUAAGAUCUCUGAACAGAACCUUUAAGUACCUAUAGCGUUUACUUGGGUUGUAUAGUUGUAUCCUGCAAGUGUAACCUUGAGGUCAGAGAAUCACAACCAAAUCCAGACAGUCAAGUCAGUAGGUAUCAGAUCUCAGAUCUUAAAGAGAGAGAGAGAGUACAGUAAGUGCUUGAAUUUUAGAUCGAAUAUAUCUAUCAUGAGAUCUUUAUUUUAAACUUAUGAAUAUCAUUCAGUGCAUGAAUUAUAGUAUAAAUAAAUUUAAUUAAAAGUGUUCUCCGAACAGUCCUCAAUGUUCUAAUUAAAAAAUAGGCACAGCACAAUUCGAUACGCUCUAAUUCUAAUCGAGUGAACUUCGACAUUAAGAGUAUCAUCUCUCAUCACUCAUCACUUAUAAAUCUUAUUAGUAAAAAAUAAUACAUACGCAAAAGGAUUGUUUGCCUAUUUAUUUAACUUGUUUUACGUUAAUAUACUUGUGCUAUUAUACAGUUGUAUACAACGUCGAUGCGGCUUACGGAUUUGCACAAGUGCAAAAGUGCAAGCAUAGAGAUAUAAGAAUAUUGUAUGAGUGCAAGUUGUAGUACCCCAUCAAUUAAGCUCUCAGAUAUAAUUUAAAUAGUUAUCAUACUCGGCAGCCAACAUGCCAGCAAUGGAUUAUACAGAACCUAACGAGAGACUGAAAGACCAGUCGAGAUGCGCGAAUCUACGAGCCGAGUUGAAAAUGUGCCUAUUAAAGAGUGAUUGCUGUAAACAUAAACAUACACCUAGAGAUUGCUUGAAACAUUAUUCUGAUACUAUACCUCAUGAAUGUAACUUGCUGAGGUAUAGCUUCUUUGAGUGCAAAAGGUCUUUGAUUGAUGCAAGAAGGAGAUUUCGAGGUCCAAGGCAGUGACUGCCUAAUGACUGUGGAAUUUGGUUGACUUGUAUAUAGGACAUUGUUAAAAAUUUUCAAAUUAACUAAGGAUAGUGAGAGACAUUACCAAAUGGAUUGGGAAAAGAAGAAAAAUCAAUCGCUAACAGGCAGCAGUAUCUGAAGUAAUUUAGAUUUAUUUUUUACUUUUAUUAUAUACAACUAAAGUAUUA